UAGAAAAUGAAAGUAAACCAUGGCGGAUGAUGUGCAGCCACUUCUUGGGAUUAAUGUUAUAAUCAACGGAGAAGACGAUGAAGACAGCAGUAGCAGUGAUGAUGAUGAUGAUAAUGACUUAGAGGAGCAGCACAUAGAUGUUGAAGAAGAGAAGGAAGAUGAUGAUGACAAUAGUAAUGGAGAAAAUACUGAUAGUACUAGGAGAAGACUACAGUCCAUAACAUUUGAUACUUCACUGCCUGGUACACACUCAUAUCUUGGUGAUGACUUAGAAGAUAUCAGUGGAAGAACCAUAUAUGAUGAGGAUGGACUGGUGUCUCUGCCAUUGAUAAAGCUACCAGGGAUGGUACUGGUUCCUGGUCAAACAAUACCACUCACUCUGUUUCAUCAACAUGUAGUUGCCAUGAUGAAAGAAGUAAGGGAUACAGAUAAAACAUUUGGUGUGGUGGCAUAUAGGUUCCUAGAAAAUGAAGAAGGGUCACCAACUACUGCAAACAUAGGUACAACUGCUGAGAUAUUUUCAUAUAAAGAUGAGACAGAUGACCAGACAGGACUGUCUUCAGCCAGUCUAAUGGCAAAGGGAAGACAGAGAUUUAAAGUUGUGGAAUCAAGAAGGACUAACACAGGAAUUUUAAUGGCAAAAGUUAAAAUACUGAAAGAAAGAAUGUUACCAGAAUUUUUAGAGGGAGCUAGACCACCGUCACACUGCAAGUUUUGUUGUAAUCCUGUAGAGCAGGAUCCUACAGAACAGACAGCUGUAGACAGGGAAGGCAAGGUCAUUGCCAGUGUAUCAUUUGUAAAUAAAAGACAGAUAAAUAGGUUCACAUCAGCAUAUUACACAUGGUGGCCACCUUGGGUCUAUAAAAUGUAUGAUCCAGAAUCUGUAGUGCAAAGAAUGAAACAAAAACUUAAUAAAUGGAAUGAAACUUUACAAGCAGAUAAAUUAACAAAUGAUCCUAUAGAGCUGUCAUAUUGGGUGUGUCAAAACCUUCCAUUAGACGACAGCCAGAGAUUAAAUUUACUCAGUUUAGAUAGUGCUGUACAGAGGUUAAGAUGUGCUUUAAGUAUAAUGGAAAAGUGUUCUGUGAUAUGCUGUAGAGAAUGUAAAACUCAUGUGGCGUUAACAAAUGAUGUCUUCAGUCUUUCAUUAGAAGGUCCGCUUGGUGCAUAUGUGAAUCCACAUGGACAUGUUCAUGAAACUUUAACUGUUUAUAAAAGUCAAAAUAUCAAUUUGAUGGGAAGACCUACAAAAGAACACAGCUGGUUUCCAGGUUAUGCCUGGACUAUAGCUUACUGCAGAAGAUGUACAAAUCAUAUGGGUUGGAAAUUUACAGCAACAACAAAAAAUCUGACACCACAGAAAUUCUUUGGUCUGACCAGAGGAUCUGUUACACCUGGUAUGCAGCAAGCAGAAGAAUUAACAGACGGAGAGACUUGGAUGCCAACUAUGUAGAGCUUGACAAUUUUGAUAUAGAAGCAACUUACAGAGUUUUUUGAAAACAAUAAAUGUAUUUAUUUUUCAUUGCAAACUGAUAUUUUGCAUUCUGUGUAACAGAAAAAGGACAUGGUCUGAAUAGUGUAAAAUAGUGUUAUUGUCAAAAGGUAUUUUGAAUUUAUAUUUUUUUUAAAUACAGUUGUAUUAGGGUACCGCUAUGUCAUUGUAGCUAUUGUUAUAUACAUGUUAUUACUGAACUCUUUUUUGCUACAUAGCUAGUAAGGCAUGUAUCUAUGAUAAGAGUUAUAUGACAGUAAACUAUUGUUAAAAGACAGUUUAAAUGAAAAAAAUAAGAAACAUAAUAUUGGUUACAAUGAAAUACCACAAAUACCAAGUAAAUAACAAACUGAUAAUUUACAUGUGGAAAAAGUGAUACUUCUAUCCUCUCACGUCAUACAACAAUUACUUUGCAUCAAAACAAUGUGAGAAUGCCUAGAAAAGAUAUAGUUCUUUGUAUCUUCUACUUUAAUUUCCUUUAAAAAGUCAAUGUAAUAAAAAGAAUUACAAAUGCGAUAAUUUAAAUGUCAAAAGAAAUAUUUAACUUGUGACUGAAUAAAAGUGAUAAUUGAUAAUAAGUGUAUUGUUCAAUAACUUGUUUAAUAUUUUUGAUAUUUGAAAUCUUGGAUGUGUUAUUCUGCCUUUAUCAAUUGUAUAGACAGUUUGUCUAUAGUUGAAGACCUUAUGUUUACCUGUGUGUCAAAUUUUCUGUUUCCUUGAUUGCUUUCUCAUUGACAUUUACACCUGAGUACCUUUUAUUGUAAAAACUUGAGACAUCUACAUAUAUGUUAUUUUUUAUGGGAUACUUAAGUAGUCUUAUAAAAAUUGUUUUGUUUUUAUAAGUCCAUAUACAGGAAGUAUUAUGGUAUACCGUUGUCCAUCUGUCUGUCCGUCCGUUCGUCCGUCGUCAACAUGUUGGAUAAUAACCCAAAAACACUUUCACCAAUUUUCAUGAAACUUUGGUGAAUUGUUUAUAUCUACUGACGUAAGCACCAGGGCUUCCAAAAUUUCCUGACGACAGCCGGACAUUUUUCAAAGAAAUAUUUUUGACGGUCAAUGAUCAGCUGGAUACUUAAAUGUAACUGAGAGGAUGCAUAAAUUGAUAUAUGUGUAAAAAUAAUUAGUAGUGUUAUAUGCAAUAAAAUUAUUUAUAACUGUUUUGUUUUCUUCAUUCUAAAAAAAAAUAAAAUAUUAUCCUCGGUAUUGUGUCAUUUUUCUGUGUAUCGUAAUACAGUAACCAUCAUUGCAUCAAUCAGCUUCAGUACCUGACUGUUCUCAUGUUUUUGUUUCUGUUUAUAUAAUCUAUCUUCUCUCUGUGAGUACUAGUAACACUUUGUAAAUUAAGGCCAUCUUAUUUGAAACUGUUGAUGUUGGCUUUAAUUGCAGUACAACUUGAUCAUCAAUACACGUGAUACUUUUCUUUUUGUGUAUUGAUUACCUGACCACGUGACUUUUACAACUGAUGUGGUAUUUAUAGAUAACAUUGAGGAGGCCCAAUGAAGGAUAUUGUUUUAAACGGUGUAAAAUCUACUGAACAGUGAUAACAUUUAUCUUUGUACGAUUUCGAAUUUUGAUCGGAAUCGUCACGUUUACGUUUGCCCAUGAUCGCAGAUUUGUAAAGUUCAAUUUGAGACAAAGUCUUUAUAACAGUUGGAGAUUGUCAUGAUUGGAUAUUAUUCUUUAUGAUUUUAAUUAUAAACAGUUUUUAAUAUGAAAACAAGAAUAGAGAACGCCCCCCUUAUUUAUUGGACAACUCAGCUUGGUAUACCCAAGCGAAGCUAUUCUCGGUGUUUUUCCUAUAUAUUUUAGUAAAUUUUCCCCUUGAGAGUACCCCAGUAUUUAACACGAUGUACAGUGUUAAAUAAAAUAAUAUAUAUCAUACUUAUUCAUUUAUAAAUAUCCUUAUUUGAAGAAUAACUUUUAAAUAUCAGGAUACUUUUUUAAACUCAAUGCUCAUUUAAAAUAAUAUCUAUAAAGCGUAAUUAAAUAGGAUGUUGUUCCAUACACGCUUACAUGUUUGACCUCGUUUACCUGAUUACCUUUAUGUACAUUGUUAUGCAUCAUUAAUUCUAUUGAUAAAGACAAGCUAAGGACACCUCAUCAAAGGUAACAAACCUGUAAUCAGUGAAUGAUUUAUGGCUUCAAUAUAACUUAUUGAAGGGAUAAUUGUUUGACAGCUUGUUGUUAUUUAAAUAAAAGAAAACGUGUUUUUUCUACUUUUUAUUGAUGUACACAAGCUGAAGACCAAGCCGUACAUUUAUGUACCCAGAGGAUUAGACUAACUGAGACACUUCAAAGUAUCUGAAAUAUGCUGCUUCUGUUUUAUUUUACCCAAUUAUGACCAAAAUAUCUUUGUGAAAUAGAUUGCCACAAUUAUAAACUAAAAUGCCCAAACGGACAUGCCCAAAGCCCCAAACGGACAUUUUUAUUGAUCGAUAGUUGGUAAAAAUUGGAAUGACCGUUUCAUGAAAAUGCCUUGAAUAACAAAAUGUGGCACACCAAUUCUAUUUGACCGUUUGAGGCUGAGAGCAGCCGGUCUUUUUAUGAAAGUUUCGGUCAAGUCCGGAAUAUAUGACCGUUUUGGAAGCCCUGGUAAGCACCCUUUCGAUUUUUUUUAUACAUUCUAGAUUUUUACGUUUCAGAGUUAUGGGAUUUUAUUCAUAAAAAAUGCGAGAUUUUCCAGUUUUCUGACUAUAUUUCAAAAAAGCUUUGAACAACUUUCAUGAAACUUUGGUGAAUUGUUUAUAUAUAUUUAUAUAAAUUCCCUUUCGAUUUUUUAAAAAUUCUGAUUUUAGGUUUUGGAGUAUUGGGACUUUAUUCAUAAAAAUUGGGGGAUUUUCCAGAAUUUCGCACAAAAACUCAAAAUCUCUUUCAGCAGUUUUCAUGAAACUUUGGUGACUUGUUUAUAUCUAUUGAAAUAAGCUCCCUUUUAUUUUUUAUAAAUUUCUGAUUUGACAUUACAGAGUUUUGGAACUUUAUUAGUUGAAAAAUUGUUGAAAACUGUCUAGUUGGCGACAGGCGUAUCAUGUGCUCAUGGCGCAGCUCUUUAUUAUUGAUGUGACUAGUACUAAAAACAGAAAUUAAACAAAAGUCUUUUGAUACAAUUUUUGCCAAAGAAUAAUAGUUAAGAUUUGAACAUAAGCAAGAUAAAAACCAGUAUGUUAAUGCCAAGCCUUGUUUUUAUAUAAUGAAUAUACUCAAAAGUAGACGAGUAGUGGAAUCCUUAAAAGUGUCUCCAUAUCUAUAUCUCUCAGUAUGUAAUAAUGUUAAUAAGUGUAUGAUCUUUAUUUUUUAACUUGAACGUUUUGUAUUUAUUACUUUUUUAUGUUAAUAAUUGUUAUGUUGUUGAAGUGUAACUCGUUAAUAAAUUUCUAGUUUUUGUAGUUAUCAUGUAAAAUACAUGCCCAACUACUUUGUAUAAGAUGUACAUUUUUGGUUCAGUAUUUUUUUUAUAUCAGUCUCUUUUUAGUUAAGGGAACACAGUGCAAACAGCACCUUUUUAUCAUGAAAUUUAAGGUUAAGUUAUAUUUACUGUCAAUAAAACAAGUCACAGGUUAAUUUCUCCAGUGAAUCUACUGUAUCUGAGUGAUUUCAGUAUCUGAGAGACAAACAUAUGAUUUAAUUAAACUGGAUUGUGUAGAAGAUUGAUUUAUGUUGAUAUAAAUUAUAUAAAUGAUUGUAUGUUAAGGUUAAAAAUAUGUCAGGAUGAACAUUGCUAGAAUUUACACUUACAAUUCUUAGUUAGCUGUAUUCUACUGCAACAUGUGCUCCAAUAAAGUUUUUAUUGUAAUGAUGUACAAUUCAAGAACCCAUCUCCACAAUUUUUACAGGAUUUGAUGAUUAUGUUGUUCUCAUGUUAAGUUAAAUUCGAAGUUAUAUUUAGCAACACAUUAUAUUUAAAUUCUACCACUACACAUCUUCUAAGGAUAUUUAUUAAAUUUAGAUGGGAAGGUGUUAAGUGGUAAAAUUUGUAUCUCCAAUGAAUGAGAGGAAAUGUUAAUUAAAUUUGAAGUUUUUCACUUAGGAAACUCAAUUUCUUCCAAAUAAAUGCAAAACAAUAUGUGCAACAUCAUUCAGCAUUUUCAAAAAUACUUGAAAUAGAAUCAUUUAUUAAUAAAAAUGUUGAACAAAUGAUGCUUUUAAAUAGUAUAUGGUUAUCUGAGAAUAAUGUUAACACAUUGAUUAAAGUUUUGUUAUUAAUGUGAGAAAAAUGAUUAUUAAAUUACAUAAAAAAUUAGAGGAAAUAUUGAAUGUAUGAAAGAAAGAAAAAAGUCAGUUAUUAGCUCAUCUGCUGCUCCAAAUAGUAGUUAUUAAACUCUUCUUGUCCACAAUGAUGAGUUUUGCCUUUUGAUGUUUUAUAUACUACUGCAUACAUGUUAAAAUAACAAAACAAAUGACAAAAAACAGACAUGUUGUGAUAAUGUUAUAAUUGGCAAAAAGUAUUGAUGAUAAUUUCUAACUUGCAGUAAUUUUUUUGUUAAACCCUGCUUACUAUAGUUGAGGGCAAUAUGUUUGUCAGUAUUUGUGUCUCUGCAUCCAUCUGUUUAUCCAUUUGUCUGUACUGUAUCAGGUUAAAGUUUUGGUUUACAGUAAAUUACUAUGAAGUUUAAGUCACACCAACUUCAAACAUUGCACACAUAAUUAUAUGAUGUACGUGAUCUUAAAAAAAACCUGCUAAAUUAGGGUUUUGCCUCAGAUAUCAUGGUUCACUGAACAUGAAUAUGUAAUUGCGUAUAAUUUGCUAUGGAUAAAUAUUCUUGUUUUGUCUAAGAAACAAAACAAAUCUGCUUAGAAUUUUCUUUUUAAUAUAGCUGAUGUGUAAUUUGGUGUUUAUGUAAUUGUUUGUCAGAAAGAGUUACAACACAAUUUUUUUUAUCAUAACAGAAAUUUUUGAAAAACAGAUUUUGUUAAUACCCUUAACCUUUUGUCAUAAACUAUAAAUAUAUGAGGUUACCAUGCAUAUAAAACUCUUUACUCUACUUUUGUCUUUGUCAAAAUAAUCUUAGUUGUAUGUAAUUAAAACUUGUGAAAAGUAUCAAAAGUUUUGUUUUGAAAAUAUGUGCAUUUGUACUGUGAUACUGAAUAAAAAUGAGCUGCAUAUUAAAAUGAGAUAACAGAAA